AGAGUACUCCUGGCCAGGGCGCCGCCCGCCCGCGAGGCGCUCUCUCGCGCUCUGGCGCGCGAGGCGCGCCGCCCGCGGGCCGCGUGCGAUGCCGGGCCGGGAGCACCCCGCGGGCAUCAGCGUGGCGCCCGCGGGCAGCGCGGAGCGUUUGCAGGCCUCCCGCGAUGCCAGGCCCCCCUCGCCCCCUGGGCUCCUCGGCAUGCUGGUGCCGAAGCUGCUCGGCGUGGAGGAGGACGACAGCGCUGAGGGCGCGGCUGGCGAGUCUCCGCAGGCGGGCUCGGACAGCAGCGAGGACGAGGAGCACGAGCCGCCAGAGCCCCGGGCCGCUCCCCGCGGCCUCUCGGGGCUCCUCAGGUGGGGCAGGGAUCCAGGGCCUGGCCCCAACGAGG